AGAAGCGUUGGGCGCAACCUGCGUGCGCAACUCCGCAUCAACAACAACACGAAAGAGUUGUUCAUUGCUACUAUUGCUGCCUGACUUUUUAGAAACGUUUUUUUUACGCCCAUGAAUUACUUUCAAGGGGCUACAUUGUAGAUUUUUUAACAGUCGUGUUGACAAAGCUGAAAAGUAGAAUUAGCCUAGCAUGCUAGCCCAGUAGUCGUUGUUCACUGGCUGUCCGACCCGAUUCACCAGCUUUUCUGAAAGCUUCGACGACAUUUCUGGUCAAGUAAGUGAGUCAUGCGUUUGACCAGAAGCGAACCAAAUUGGAAUCCUUAAUCUCCACGUUGUUCUGUGAGUAAAAGACGGAUGCCCUGGACAUGAAGAUGGAGAUGGCUGUUAAGGGAAAGGCCAAAAGGAGGCACCUGAAUGCCGCAGAAUGUGAUGACCUUGCCCAAAAGACGGAGGGCACCAAUGCCCUCACCCAACCACACAUCGUUAACGGGCAAGGCACUCGCAACGCCAACUGGGGGCUUUACCCCAGGACACCCACCAAGCGACGGAAGUGUGCUUCUGCAUCGGCCUCAGGAAGUCCCUCUGGAUGCCAGAAGGGCAUUGACAACUUCUUCUCUGUAACAGGAGUCUUCAGUUCAAGUCCACACAAAUCUCCCCAGCCCUGUUCGUCCACAUGCACAAAUGUACUCAAUGGACAUCGUUUUCCUGAAAAAACACCGGGCGUCUUGAUGGAGGACGAUGAUGACGACGACGAUGUCAGUCUCUUGGCUCCCCCUUCGGGGCCAAACCCUGAAGAAGAAGAAUGGGAGGAGGAGGUUGACGAUGUAAGCCUUUUGGCUGCAGAGUUAAUGCCAAAGAACGAGCACAGCGUGGAUCAUCUGGAGGGAAUGACAGCAGAGAUGUUUGGAGAUGAUGAUGAGUUUGACCAAUGGGACAGAGAAAAUCACGACAUGGAAGAGGAGGUGGAGGCCCUGCCUGACGCCCACUAUGGGCUCCUGGGUAGCAGGAAGGUCUUGCUUAAACCCGAGGGCUGCAUGGAUGACCUUCCAGAGGAGGUGUUGAGGCAAAUACUGUGCCUCGUCCCCGCCCAAGACCUCUACCGCUGUGUCAGCCGUGUUUGCCAUCACUGGAGGAACAUCGUCCAGGACACUAAGUUUGUCCCUUUCAAGAAACAAUACUUCCGCUACAUGAUGAGGGAGAAGGAAACGGUGCAGGAGAUCUGCUCCGUGCUGAGGAACAGCGGCAUCACCGAUCCAUCGUCAUCGCAGCACAGCAUACGAUGCCUUGUUGUGUUAAUGGCCCAGCAUGCAGUCGGCGAGCGGCUGAGGCCGCAGGACGUUCUGGAGUGUGUAAAGAAACACCGCCUUUUUCCUCAGGCCGAGGCCUCCAUCAGAUUACGCAUUCCGGAUAUCCAGAAGUUCUUUAGCCUUAGCAUCGAGGGUCCCAACCCAUACGCAGCAAUGGCGGUCAUUCUGAUCCUGAGUGAGAGCGUGGGUGACGUACAGGCCUUGGUGUCUCUGCUCACCGGCUGCAUGUCGCACACAGCCAUCACAGAGUACUUCAGUCACAUGGCCAUGAUGCUGCUCGCAGUGAAGAGAAACCACAUCAAAAUUAGCAGUCGGUUGCAUUACAACAUCUACUACACACUUCACUUGAUGGAGAAUGGCCCCUUUGGCGUCGGCUCCGGGAAGAGCGGACGGCCUCAGGUUCAGCUCACAGGUGAACAGCAGCAGAUCCUCAGCCACGACGUCCAGAAGGACCACGUGGUCAAGAUUGUGGCCUUUGCAGGUACGGGGAAGACCACCACGUUGGUGAAGUACGCCGAGCAGCGGCCGCACCUCCGCUUCCUGUAUGCGGCCUUCAACAAGUCGGUGGCCAGCGAGGCGCAGCGCCGUUUCCCGAGCAAUGUGACCUGCAAGACCGUCCACUCAUUGGCCUUUGCCGACGUUGGGAGGAGAUACCAGUCUUGUCGGAAGCUGACCUUUGACCUGAAGCCAUUCGCCAUCAACUCGGUUCUGCCUGAGUGCCGCGGCGGCUUCGCCAGGGCCAAAGUCGUCUCCACGACUCUCAAGACCUUCAUGGCUUCGCCGGAUGAGACCCUGACCGUCGCACACGUCCCUGUCUUCCGCAUAACCAGAAACCGCGAGCGUGAGAUCAUAACCGAGCCCGAAAGAAAGUUGUUUGCCGGUGAAGCGCUGACGAUCUGGAACAAGAUGAAGGAUCUCAAUGAAACCAAAGCGAACGCCUACCACAUGACCCACGACGGUUACCUGAAGUUAUGGCAGCUCCAGGUCCCCAAGCCCAGCUUGUCUCAGCAAUACGACGUCAUUUUCAUCGACGAGGCACAGGACUGCACGCCAGUCAUCCUGGAUGUGUUUCUGGCGCAGAGCUGUGGGAAGAUCCUGGUCGGAGAUCCUCAUCAGCAGAUCUACACUUUCAAAGGAGCCGUCAAUGCCCUCAACCUCAUCGACCACACGCACAUCUUCUAUCUGACGCAGAGCUUUCGGUUCGGUGCCGAGAUCGCCUUCGUGGGUGCCACCAUCUUGAAAGUGUGCAAGGGAGUGGAGAAGAUUCUCGUGGGAGGAAAGCAGAAAGGCGGAGUGUGCGACGAGGCGGCAGACAACGUUGGGACAGCCUUGAAGGAGGGUGUGAGUCCUUGCCCGGGGAAGACGGCCAUCUUGUCGAGAUGCAACGUCACUGUCUUUAGCGAAGCCGUCCGGCUCACAGAUUCCAACCCGCAGUGCCGCAUCCACUUCAUAGGAGGUGUCAAUGGAAUCGGCCUGAAUCGGAUCCGAGACAUCUGGCAGCUGUUGGAAGGGACAAAACGCGUCAGGGAUCCUUUGAUUCGCAGCUUUGCCAACAAAAAACAGAAUGGUGUCUGGGCCUUCAGGAAGUACGUCGAACAGACCAAUGACUUGGAACUGGAGACCAAACUGAACAUCGUUGAAAAAUACGGAAAGCGCAUCCCUGAGCUGGCAAAGCGCCUGGAAAAGUGCUUUGAAGAGGACUUUCACAAAGCAGAUUUCAUUUUGGGAACUGUCCACAAGGCCAAAGGUCUGGAGUUUGACACCGUGAUGGUCACCGAUGACUUUGCGAAAGUCCCCUCUUCAAAGCACAACCUGCACUUCAAUCCUGACUUCUCCUUCUCUAAGCUUGCGGAUGAUGAGUGGAACCUGCUGUAUGUGGCGGUGACUCGCGCUAGGACCUCCCUGAUCAUCACCAAGUCCAUCCGCCGCCUCCUCACAGUGGCCGGGGAAUACUUCCUGAAGUCGGAGAUGCCCCCCGGCGCGCCGCCGGUGGGCGACCCGCUCCCGUGCUGCAUCUCCGAAUGCCCCAACUGCACGACGCCCGGCUCAGCGUUCAUCAUGAGCAAACCGCAGAUGAAAUGUUCGGACGGCGUGUCCGCCGGCGGGCCGCUGUGCGAGAGGUGCGUGUGGACCCGCAUCGGGUCGACGGCUUUCCUCAUGACCGACGACGUGCUCUCCAUGGCCGAAAUACCACGAGGACUCGUUCAUCUGGACAACCGCAUGCUGCUGGGGCUUUUCUAGAGGCGCGGGUCUUCAAGACGGAAAGCGCAAAGGGACGCCGCUACGUGUUUACGGAUAACACCAAAAGAGAUUGGAAAUGAGCGAUUUCCGCUCAGGAAGCUUUUUAUAAUGCCUACUGCUCCAUCAGUCGGAUUGAGGUUUCAUUGGAGAGCCCUCUGUCAUGUCUGUGUGUUUUUGAGUAUAAAAAAACCCAAAAAA